AUAUUCUAUUAUUAUUGGGAAAGUUUUUUUUAAUAUAUAAAUGUAGAUAUUUCAAAACUAAACCUAAUUUAAACCAUUGGAAGAAUGAGUUAAAACUCUUGAGUAAGUCUCUAAAACUUGUUAAUGACAAGAAAGCCCUUAAACUUUUUUCAUUAUUAGAAAGAUUUAAGUUGAUUUGAAAUAGCCCUGCUUUUUGUGUACUGGAUUUUUUUUACUUUUUAGUUUUUUAGGUUUUUUAAAAAAUUUUUCAUCUAUAUCUUUAUUUCAGAACUUUGUUCUGUUAUUGUUGGUUUCCUAUUAUUUUGCUCAACCUGAGGCAGAAGGACUCUAUUGAAUAUGACACGAAAAAGUGCCUGUUUGAUUCAAAAUGUCAAAAAAAAGAGAAAAAAAAAGAAUAAAAAUAAAAAAUAAAAACAGUCCCAUGGAUGUAUGACCUGUCCGUGCGGUCACAACUCUGUUCCUGUAAACGGCGAUCAACUGCGCACGUGUGGAACGCGUCCUCCAAGCAGACCCCAGAAGGUAUUAUAAACAGAACCGUCCUUAGUGUCCCCAGCUGUCCGUGUGCGAGUCCGCUCGCGAGUAGGGUGGAUGCAUGGAGAGACGCCAGGGAACCAAGCGAGGAGCGAGGAAACGAGGAAAUAUGUUUUAGAGAAAUGAGACGUCCUUUCUGUGAAGCUUCAUGUGAAGCGACGUCCAUUGCUGAUGACGGCGGCAGCUGAUCACAGCACAUAUGUGGAUUCUGCUGAGCUUGGUUUAUGCUCGACGCACUGUCUCCGGCGAGAGGAUGCGCGCGCAAGGUGAUGCAGAGAACCUCAGCAAAAAUACAGUCUGCAAUGCUAUUCAUAAGGUGGAGCUACUGGACGUCGUCGUCAUGUUCCCUGGCCACUUGCCCACACAAUCCAUAAAAGAGAUAGCAGGGUUCCCCAGAGUGAUUGGUGCCUUAGACUGCACCCAUAUACCCAUCUCUGCAUGUCAGGCUGAGAAUGAGGUGGAUUAUGUAAAUCGCAAAUCAUUCUACAGCCCUAAUGUUCAGGGCUGUUCAGUGGAGUGUCGCUGGGUGACAGGGAGUACGCCUGCCAGCCCUUUUUGAUGACCCCCUAUCCUGACCCUGUUGCAGGCCCACAAAGUCGUUUCAACGUGGCCCUUACCAAGACCAGGGUCAGGAUUGAGAUGGUAUUUAGCAUACUCAAUCUGUCAACCCAACUUGUCAAAGCAGAUGGCCGCCCCCCGAGAGCCAGGUUCUG